AUGAAUCUUUUUAAUCCUAUAAUGUUUGUUGUUAAUUGGAAAAAAGUCAGUUCUAUGAGUUUACCAGCUAGACUUAUUAAUAUUGCAACUGAAUAUAUCGAAAUCAAAUAUGAAAACGAACAAACAACUACAAUACACAAUGAAAGUCAUCAAUUAAUUUUAGAUGUUGAUCAGACAACUAUUAACAUUCGUCUAAGAAUUUCAAAACUUUUCGGUGCUCUAAGUGUACAUCGUGUUGAUUUAAUGAAACCAUUAAUACAUUAA